AUGGGCAUCAAAGGGUUACUGCCUAUGCUCAAGUCGAUUCAAACACACUGCACACUGAAGAAAUUUGCUGGACAGACGAUCGGGGUGGACGCCUACGGAUGGCUGCACCGAGGCGUGGUGGGCUGCGCUUUCGCCCUGGCCUUGGAAAAGCCAACCACGAUACACAUUGAUUUUGUCUUGAGUCGAGUGCGAAUGCUUCUGGACUUUGGGGUGACGCCGUAUUUGGUUUUCGAUGGCGACAAUAUACCCAGCAAAGCCGGUACAAAUGCUUCGAGAAGGAAGAAGAGGGAGGAGGCAAAAGCAUUGGGUCUCGAAUUGCAUAAAGCGGGCAAGACUUCUCAGGCGCACCAGGAACUUCAGAAAGCGGUGGAUGUUACCCCUCAUAUGGCGCGACAACUGAUUGAAGAAUUGAAGAAACUCAACGUACAAUUUGUCGUGGCACCUUACGAAGCGGACGCUCAACUGGUCUAUUUGGAGCAGAAGGGCAUAAUCGAUGGCAUUUUAUCCGAGGACUCUGAUCUUCUUGUGUUUGGGGCGAAGCGCCUCUUGACGAAACUCAACCAGUAUGGCGAGUUGGUCGAGGUCGAGCGAGCCAACUUCGCCCUUUGCAAGGAAAUCAGCCUCGCGGGCUGGACGGACUCAAUGUUUAUGAGAAUGGCUAUUCUCAGUGGGUGCGACUAUUUGCCUAACAUUGGAAAAAUGGGACUCAAAACAGCGCAUUCCUAUGUUCGUAAAUACAAGGAUGUCGAGAAAAUUCUGCGGAUGGUACAGCUUGAGGGCAAAAUGGUGGUACCUGACAAGUACAUGGAGCGGUUCCAGCAGGCUGAGUUGACUUUCUUGCACCAUCGGGUGUUCUGUCCCAUCGCGCAAAAGAUGGUCCAUUUGAACGACCUUCCACCUGGGUUGCUGGAGUCUAAUAUGCCAUAUCUUGGCCCCUAUGUUGACCCAGACACUUCCGUUGGAGUUGCGUGCGGUGACCUGGAUCCCUUCUCAAAGAAACCCAUUCAACUGAGCGCAGUGAAGGCACUCCUCCGGCCAGCCCUUAGCCAGAAUAGGCGACAGAGUUAUGCAGCAACUCCUGGUUUGAAACCGAACAAAUCGCUCGAGACCUUUUUCAAGCCGCAGCGCCAGCCUCUGGCGGAACUGGACCCGAACAGUUUGACCCCUUCCCCUUCGCAAAGUCGACUACUUGAACGCCAUCGAAAUGCUUCAUGGGAACCACGGCUAGUGUCUUCCGCUCCAUCCCUCAGACGAAGCGCCACACAUCAGCAGGUGUCGCUGAACGGAGCAGAUCGUUCGACUUUCCUUGCACGCGCCUCCACACUAUCCACUUACCAACCGCCGAAGCGUCCGAGAUUAUGUUCCGAUUCUAUCGAUCCUUCACCCACCAAAGAAGUGAAACAAAGUCCUUUCUUUUCCUCCAAACACGAGGAGUCUAGCCCUUUGGCGCAAAAACGUGCGAAGGCUAAAAAGACUAAGAAAGCAGGGUUUGAGGUAUUUUCUGACGAUUCGGUGAACGACCAGAUGUUGUUGGAAUGCGAAAUACAACAAGCAGCUAGCCCUGAGAAAAGCCCUGCCAUAAACUGCAUCAAGCCGCAAUCUGGAACGGCGCUGCCGGAUCGAGAUGAACCCCAAUCAAUACCACAAUCAUCACCGGUCGGGUCACCUACAAUACCUUCCGUUGCCCGUAUGCGCAGUCCUUCUCCGUCACGGCGGAAUGUCCCUGACAGAACCCCUACGAAUCUUACUGAGACUAGAGCAAUCCAUCAAGAUGACGACCCGGCCGCGUUCGAAGAUCUGCUUGACUAUCAUGUCAGAAAGCAGAAUGAAGCCCUGUUGCAAAAAUUCACAUUCCAGGGCGGAGCAGUCUCAAAGACAUCGACUUGCAGCGGACCAUCUGGAAAACUCUCUCGAACCUUCUCAGCCCAAUCUCCGGAAGUGCAAAUCGCUGCAUUGCGAAAGCUGCCGGAGAGCGGAGAGAUCGAAUCAUUUUGCAAAGAAGUCCAACACCACAAGACAUUUGACCAGCAGUCAUCCGAACGUCGACACAAUGCACUCAAAUCACUGGGGCGGCAGGGAAGAUGUCUGGCCACGGCAGCAGCCAUAACCCAAAAGCCAACUAGGACGCCCGCGUGCAACGAGACAGUGACGCCCUGGGACAAAGCUGGCUUGACUCGUGCCCCAACAAGUAUAGGCGGUAUAGGGGAGCUGCGCGGGAGUGAAGAUGCAAUAGUACCAAAUAGUGAGGACGAAGGCUCGGACAUUGGAUCACCACCACGAAUGCCUCGGUUGGAUCUUAGUUCAUUUGCGUUUGUUUCUACUUGA